AUGGAAGACUAUUACGAAUACGCAAGGAUCUUCAACACUGGCAAUGACGAGCUACUGCUGUCAAAAUUCUUCUCGUUCCCCUUCACCUUCACUACGCCAUUCUCGAACCAGAGCUAUGAGACUUAUGAAAGCUUCCUCAAAGCGCUUAGAGAGUACCACCGCGUGAGAGAAUGCAUAGAACCUCAUAAGGUGGUCUAUGGCAAAGGGGAACUCUUUGUCGAUCUUGAUAUCGUCUUCCAUUCGUGUGUCGAAUGGCUGGAUUUCCCAUAUGGACCUGUUCGGCCUGGUGAUACACUAUUGACUCGAGGUUUUGUCCACUACACGUUGGAUAGUAAAAGUCGAAUUGUGCACGUUGCUGAGAUGUACUGGCCAGCUGGAUAUCUCAACAUGCCGAUGAAACGCCUCGGUGGUAGUGAUACGCAACGCGCUGCGCUUGAUGCACUUAUUGCAGGGUUUAACGCUGGCCGUUUCGAGGCUAUAGGGGAUUACUACACGGAAGACGUAACCGUGGAGUUCCCUCUCAACGAGCAGUUGGUUGGCAGAGCAAAAAUUGUGGAGACCUACAAGUCUAUACAAGAGAAAGUAAAGGUGAACUUGGAAGUGAAGAGCGCCAUUUGUGACGAUAGUGGGAUCUGUCUCACCGCUAAGGAGACAUUCCAGGCUCUUGUUGACGAUCCUGAUUUCCAAAUAAUGCCUCUAAAGGCUGGAAAAGAAUCCUCCCGCUUGAUUCUUAUAGUGAUUUCUCUGAGCGGUGGGCUGAUUUCUAGUUCCAAAUCAAUAACACUAGAGUAA